GUUUUCCCAAUUAGAUCAUGGUAAGUCGAUAAGCAAAGCUGAAAUGAGUCUCCAUAUUUGGAGAUGAUCUAUGAGCGUGUUUUUUGUCGUUUUAAAGAAUGUCGUAAGUAACGAGUUUGUAGACUAAGGGUACUUCUUCUUUCGGUAAGAGACACACAAAGACGCACACCAUCUGCAGAAGAUGCGGUCGUCGUGCCUUCCACAUUCAGAAGAGCCGGUGCGGUUCUUGCGGAUAUCCCGAUGCUAAGAUGCGUCACUACAACUGGGCUCUGAAGAGUUCUCGUCGCCGAGGUCAGGGAACCGGUCGCAUGAGCUACCUGAAGACUAUGACUCGCCGUUUCAAGAACGGAUUCAGAGAGGGAACCGAAGCUGUUGCUCGCAAGAACUAAAUUGGUUGGGUAUUGGAAGCAGCAUUAU